UCCCGCUGAUUGGGCCGUGGCUGGGCCGUGACCCCGGGCGUUGGGCGGCGAGCGAGCCGCACGCACUCAGCUCGGAGAGGCCAUGGCGGCGGCUCGGUGCGUGCGGCUGCUGCUGAGGCCGCGGCGCUACCCGCUGCUGAGCUGCCCGCUGCGGACUUCUCCACGGUUGCUUUGCAUAGCAACACAACAGAAAAGCACUGGACAGAACUUGGAAGAUGACCAGAGUCAGAGCCAGAAUAAACCGAAGGCUGAACCAAUGUCUGCUGAGAAGAUAUUCAUUGAAGAAAAAGCCAAAUUGGAAGAACAACUAAAAGAAAUGACUGACAAGUACAAGCGAGCCCUGGCAGAUACAGAAAACUUGAGGCAAAGAAGCCAGAAAUUGGUAGAAGAGGCAAAGUUGUAUGGGAUUCAGAGCUUCUGCAAGGACUUACUGGAAGUUGCUGACAUUUUGGAAAAAGCAACUGAGAGUGUUCCAAAGGAGGAACUCAAGGAUGAAAACCCUCAUCUGAAGAACCUGUAUGAUGGUCUUGUCAUGACAGAAGUACAGAUUCAAAAAGUGUUCAAAAAGCACGGCCUGCUCAAACUGAAUCCUGUUGGAGCCAAGUUUGAUCCCUAUGAACAUGAAGCUUUGUUCCAUGCUCCCAUGGAAGGGAAGGAGCCUGGUACCAUUGCAUUAGUAUCUAAGGUUGGCUAUAAGCUGCAUGGGCGUACCUUGAGGCCUGCCUUGGUGGGAGUUGUCAAAGAAUCCUAGUGGCCCAACGUAUAAGAAUUAAAAAUGCCAUACAACUGUUAGAUGGCUGACUAGUUUUCCUCUUCCAAUGUGCUAUUUCUCCAUUCCCACACUCUGUGGAAGGCUUAAAUUAACCAGUGAAACUGAAGCAAAUGCUGCAAUUGCCUUUCCUAAUGGACCAUAAAUAAUUUGAUGGACCUCCAGAGUGUAUUUUUUGUAUUGUCAGCUCUGCUUAAGUGCAAAAUACAAGAGCCCUUAAACCAUCUGUAUUUUGGAUAACAUUUUAUCUGUAAUAAUCCUGGCUCCUGAAGGUAUGUUAAGUUGAAAGGUACAAAAUAUAUCCACAGGAAACUGCAUUGUAACAGUUGGAUCACUAUUUAGAAUGAAGAACCCUUUGACUUUGUGUCCUUUUGUGUUGCAUUUCCUAGUAUCACUGUGAAGCAGUACAUGUAAUUAACUGUCUUUAAAUGCCCACACCAUCUUUCACAAAGCAAACACACUCAUCAGCUGCUUGCUCGCUUGGUGGAUUGCUGUUUCUAUGAUGUGUCUGUUUCCUGGAAUAGGGCCUUUCUUUGAACAACAAAAGUUUCAACACCUGUGUCAUUCCUGAUCUGGGCUUAAGAGGUUGUAAAUAAAUAAAAUACAGGGGGGAGGGGAUUGGCUUCAUUGCUUUUAUUCAUAUGCUUCAUAAUCUCUUCUCAAGGAAACCAUUUAAUAUUUGUAUGGCAUUGAAGUAGUUAUAGAAGAAAAAACUGUCUAAUCUCUGGAUUUUUUAAUACAAUCAGUUUGCUAUGCAAAUUUUAUUUGCAACUAUAUUGAAGGUCAAAAUAGUAACCACCAGAAAAGUAUAUAAAAGUGGUUUUGGCAUCUGUUACCUUUUAUAAUUCAUGUGGCUGUAUAAAGACCUGGUGAUCAUGGUUAAAAGUAACUGGAUCAGACAACACAAAUGAACUCUACUUCAUUUACAUUUCUUAAUAAGAGUUAUUUUCCUGUUUAUUGGUUUAUGUUUUAGCCUUGACUACACUAGCUGGGAAGCAGCAUCACUUUAUGAACAGAGAUGGUUAUGCUGGGCAUUUACUUCGAUCUUGUUCCUAUGUUAACCUCAGCUAUGAUUGGCUAUAACCAGGCCUAUCCCUUCCCUCUUAGCCAAAAAGGUACCCAUGUUGUAAAACAUCCUCCCUCUACUUCAUCAAAUGUUUACAUCCCACCCAUUGGACAUCGAGGGUGUGACUUUCAAAUGCACUCAACAUGGGCCUAACUGUUGCUACUGGAGUCUUGGGUAAAACUCUCAGUAACUUCAGUGGGAGCAGUUAGGCUAAAGCUGAGCACUCUUAAAAAUUCCACCCCGAAAUUUUUGGGUGUUGAUUUGUAGUGUAGGCAUGUGUUACCUUAAACCUGGGAGUCAGCUGUGAGGAAUUCUUAGCUACAGUUACAGGGGUGCCUGUAUCCCUGUAUUCUCUGAACCCACUCUGUGUAGUAGUGGGAGGAGGGAGAGAAUGACUUUUUAAAUCUCUUGCUGCACCCCUCAUGAAUUAUUUGAUAGCACCAUGCCAGCUGAUUUGUAAUAGCAGAGGGCCUAGUUUGUUCCCUUUAAACUGGUCUCCAUUCAGGCAAAAAGUCUGGAUAUUUAUUUAGUUUCGAACAUGGCAAAUUAGAAAGCAAAUCAAACACUUCUUUGAUUUUUUUUUUUUUUUUUAAGAGGGAAGGAGUCUUUCUUCCCUCUCUCUCUCGAUAUAUAUUGAGAGAGAUUUUAUCACCAUUGUCUUGGCCAACAGCUGCUGAUUUCAUACCAAUUAACUGCUCAAUGAAUAAAUCAUCAGGUAUUUGUACAUUA